AUGGAUAUCUAUCUAAUGAUGUCAUGGCGAGACGCUCGGCUUGUCAAUCCUUAUGAUAAACCAAUCCUUGUCAAAGAGGAGGAGAUUCUGGAGAAAAUCUGGAGACCUGACCCGUUCUUCGCAAACGCCAAGGAGGCUGAGUUCCACGAAGUCACAUUUCUCAAUUUCCUCAUGCGCAUAUUCCCAGAUGGACUUGUUCUCUAUGAAACACGGGUAAAAAUCAAGCCAUCAUGCAAUUUGAUACUUUGUAAGUACCCACAUGACAAGCAGACAUGCGACUUGCUGAUCAAAUCGUUCGCUUAUCCUGUGGAAACUGUAAGAUUCGAAUGGUUCACCAGGCGGGUUGACGCCAUCGACAAGAACCCUGAUGUUAAACUUCCAGAGCUGUACAUUGAUCGCUAUGAGCCAACGGUGUGCACGAAGGCCAGAAAGUCUGGAGCGUUUUCAUGCCUUCGAGCUGUAUUUAGGCUGAAGAGAGACGUCGGAUUUCACAUCGCUCAGACCUACAUCCCGACUUCUCUUGCCCUGAUGUUCUCUUGGGUCGGCGUGUGGCUUCCAGAAGAAUUCAUGGAAGGUCGGAUCGGAGUUGCCAUUACCGUACUACUCACACUGUCUACAGAAUCAGCAGGUGCACGAGAACAUCUGCCGAGCGUAUCCUAUUUAAAGGCUAUCGAUCUUUGGUUUGGUUUCAUCACAGGUUUCGUAUUCUUCACUUUAUUGCAAACGUUAUUUGUAAUUGGAUUCGACAAAAGAGCCAAUCAACUGAAAAAGUGGGCGAUGAAACGAAAAUCGGACAUAACAGAAGAGGUUCGGGAAAUGAUGUUGCUGAAAGGGGACCGCUAUCAUAAAGCCGGCCGAUAUUUGGACAAUUUCUGUCGAGUAUUUUAUCCGUUGAGCUUCGUUCUCUUCCUUAUAAUGUAUUAUUUCGUAUUCACGGAAGGUCGACAGGACGAGUGCAUCAAUCGACGAUAG